GGAAAUUCCGUCACACUUGAAAAAAACAAGAAAAAAAUGGAAACCCCCCUCAAGAACAAAGUGCUCACCAAGCUGCAGCAGGGCGAACCGUUCCAGACGCCGGUGGCCGCCGCGGACCGCUCGAGCCGGCACAUUACGAGCGUGACGCGCCUUCCGGCGUCCCCGUUCCUGCAGAAGCUUGGCUUCGGAACCGGCGUCGAGGUGCUGCGGAUCAAGCGGUCGCCGACGAAAAACUCGUCCAAAUCGCCGUGGGCCAUCAAGAUGCUGUCGCGGCGGAACAACGCCGAGCAGGCCAGUCUGUUUGGGGAUCGGUUGACCGAGGAGGCCAACAUAUUGAAAACCUUGAGCCACCCGAACAUUGUCGGAUAUCGGGGCUUCGACACGCUGGAGGCCGGCAAGGAGUACAUCGCGAUGGAGUACUGCAACACGUCGCUCGGGGAUCUGCUGGAGAAGCGGUACAACGACGGGUUGGGUCCGCUUGAGGCGCCCAAGAUCCAACGGAUGGCGGUGGACAUUCUGCGGGCGCUCGAUUACCUCCACACGGACGCGCUGAUCCUGCACGGAGACCUCAAGUCGUUCAACGUGCUCGUGAAGGGGGAGUUUGAGGCCUGCAAGCUGUGCGACUUUGGCGUGAGUUUGCCGCUCAACAAGGACGGCUUUCUGGACACGGAGAAGAAGGCGGACGCGCAGUACGUCGGGACGGGCAUUUGGAGCGCGCCGGAGGUGCUCGAGGAGGACGUGUCGCUGAUCAGCUCCAAGGCGGACAUCUUCAGCUUUGGGUUGGUGAUUUACGAGACGAUUUCGCUGCUGCCGCCGCACACGUUCGCCGGCAUGAAGGACGAAAGCAUCGCCAGCUCGGCGGAUUACGCCAUCAUGAAGUCGAUCAUCCGGGGCGGCGCCGCCGCCAACCGCAAGCUGGACGUCAGCGAGGUGAUCGUGCUGGACGACGAGACGGAGGACGAAAAGGACGUUUCGGUGGCAGCAGCGACGACGACCAAGCGAAAGCUCGACGUCGAACCGGAAUCCACCUCCGAACCAGCCCAGAAGAAGCCCGCACCGGAACCGGACUCCACCACCGCCGACGGCUCAAUUAUCUCCGUCGCGGACGAAACGAUAGACGAAAGCGCCAUCACCAUCGACGAUGACGACGAGGACGAGGGCGAUUCCGAAGAGUCGGAGGACGAAAUCGAGGAGGGUGACGAGGGGGACUACCUGGACUACGGACGGUUGGGGACGCGGCCGGCGAUCCCGGACGGGAUUAAUCUUUCCGAAGAUUACAACUUUAUUCUGGAGGUGUUUUACGUGUGCACGCAGGAGGAUUACGAGGCGAGGCCGUCGGCGCGGUCACUGUUGGACGCGUGGGAGAAGAAAAACGCGGGCGCCGAAGGCGCCCAAGAGGCUCCGAGUGCGGAUUAGACGGUGGACAAUUCCGAAAAAAAAGAUGAUUUUUUUAAACGUCCUGAUGAUAUUGUGGGGAAGAAAAAUAUAUUUAAACAAGUUUAAAGUUACGUGCCAAUUGCGUUUUUAUUGAACAUCACAAUUCGUCUGCCAAUUGAAAUGAGAUAUCCGCAAGUUCCAGGGGGACCUCUACUUGCCGGCAUCCGGCUGGGGCGACGGAUAGUGGUGCAUGCGCUCGUCCGGUUCGGGAACGGCUCCAACCUGCAGUGCGAACAGACUGCCAACGAUGACCAGAAGGUACAGCAGGAACUUCAUUGUUGUUUUGAUUGGUUGUAUUUCUUCAAUACUGAUGCUGAUUGAAGAGAAUUCUGUGCUUUUUAUAGGGAAAGGUUCGAAGAAUGAGUCCAAGCAGAUGUUCUGGGAUUUCUUCAUCAAAUUACUCAAUUUAUUGCUUCAAUAAGUUGCAACAUAGUUCUUGCAUGAUUUAAUACUUAGCUUAGAAAAAAUACGAGCAGUUGAACAAAUAUUGCAAUCCUAUAAAGGUUUUCCACACAUAAAUAUCUCCGCAAUGUUUCUAGCAAUACCUCAUUUCUUUCAUCAGAAGCUAAUCAAACAUCAUGCACCUCCUUAUCUUCUCUCUUCUAGUUCUAGUCGUAAUCGUGGCGCUCGCUCUUCAAACAGUGCAAACCGCUCCGGACGAACGCAUGCAUCACUACCCUUCGCCAAAACCGGAGCCAACAACCGUGACGGAGAACUACGACGGCGUGGUUUGGCACGAGGAUAUUUUCGGCCCGGGUGGGUCCCAAUAAUUAGCUGAAGAAUACCUUUGUGAACAAUUGUGAUAAAUAAACGGUCGCGAAAAAAUACUGGAAUUCACCAAAUAAAUAAUAAAACCCAA